GCAGAUAGAUAUUGGUUCGGUGCCAUGGGACGGCCGGAGUUGCGUGCGACAAGAAGUGUGGGGAGCCCGAAUUCUUAUCUAUUUGAACCCCUCCCACCGGCCAGGUCUUUAUCCCCCCUCCUCUUCUUCAGGCCUAAACCUUCCUGGCACCAUCCAAACUCCACUGUCCCUUGGAACAGUCUACCUAAGAUUUCCCGGAUCCCUCUAACCGAGGUACGCAUACAUCUGAACACUUUCCAACAUCAAUUGGUCAUCCCAGCUCAAUUGUUUCAAGCAUCGUCUUCUUCGACUUCAUUAUGCCGCUCCUCGCACAGAACCCCACUCCCCGGGUUAUCCUCGGCUUGAUGACCUUUGGCCCCAAUGAAGCUGAGGGUGCUCGGAUCACCUCCCUUGAGGAUUUCAACAAAUGCCUGGACUAUUUUCAACAGCAAGGUUUCAAUGAGGUCGACACGGCAAGGAUUUAUGUUGGAGGAGAACAAGAGGCGUUCACUGCUCAAGCCAAAUGGAAGGAACGUGGUCUGACUCUGGCAACAAAGGUGUAUCCGAAAGUUCCGGGCACCCACAAGCCUAAUGUCUUGCGAGAAACCCUCGAAACAUCCUUGAAGCAACUGGGAACAGAGAGUGUUGACAUCUUUUAUCUGCAUGCACCCGACAGGUCGGUUCCCUUCGCGGAAACCUUGGAAGCUGUCAAUGAACUGCACAAGGAAGGCAAAUUCGUAGAACUCGGUCUGAGUAACUACACUGCCUUCGAAGUUGCGGAAAUUGUGACCAUCUGCAACGAACGAGGCUGGGUCCGGCCAACAAUUUACCAGGCCAUGUACAAUGCCAUCACACGCAGCAUAGAGACCGAACUAAUCCACGCUUGCAAGCGCUAUGGUAUUGACAUUGUAAUUUACAACCCCCUUGCUGGUGGACUCCUCUCGGGCAAGUAUAAGACCCAAGAUGUGCCAGAAGAAGGUAGGUACAGUGACAAGGCCCAUAGUGGAUCAUUGUACCGCAGUCGGUAUUUCAAGGAUGCUACUUUUGACGCUCUAAGAAUUAUCGAGCCUGUCGUGGAAAAGCAUGGAUUGACAUUGCCCGAGACUGCGUUUCGGUGGAUCCGUCAUCACUCUGCGUUGAAUAUCAACGAUAAUGGCCGUGAUGGAAUUCUAGUCGGAGUGAGUAGCCUUUCUCAACUGGAAAGCAACCUCAAGGAUAUCCAGAAAGGCCCGCUACCCGAUGAUGUGGUUGAGGCUCUGGACAAGGCCUGGUUGGUUGCAAAGGCUUCGGCUCCCGACUACUGGCACCUCCAGCUCAAAUAUACAUACGAUACCAAAGAGGCGUUGUUCAAGCCUAGUGCCAAGGCUUGAUUGAGUGCAUACCAGGGUAUCUGGUAGGAUUUAGAAUGGGAGAAUGCGAUAAUAGGAAUGAAUAUUCAUGACAGCAGUUCCAACUCGCUUGGCGAUGAAAAACCUCAGCACGUGUUUCAGCAACUAGCCCCUGUAAGAUAGAAGUAGAAUGGGGUAUGCAGAAGCUCACCGGUCCAGGCCAUGGAGUUAUGCAGAGGUU